AUUUAACUUGGGACUGAGCACCACUCGCUACAGACACACUCACACACAGUGUGCCUAAGCAAAGAAACGCUCCAGCGCCAAGUCUCUCAGACUCCUGAAGUAGGAGCGACUCUGUAGGAGCUUCUGUACCAGUUAUCAAAGGAGUAGAGACGCUCCCUCGGGAAUUGACCGCUUGCAUCGACCGGGCAAAAAGGCUCCAGAUUAUGGACUGUCUCGUCAUGCAGCGACAGUGGGACCUGGAGCUUUUCUGAAAAGGAUUCAGCAAUGCCACAGUGAAAGGAACUUUGAACUAACAGCGUUUACUGGCUUUUAUUUGCAGUUUGCAUUUGAUAUGCACUGACACUGCAAUCUGUAACGCCGCUUUUCAGCGUUUAUUUCAAAUUACAUGCACAGCCGAGAGUUGUGUUGGGAAUAUACAGCCUGAGACUUUUGUGUAAAGAGCUGCUCUGCGAUUUGGAACAUCCUCUGGAAAGAUAAAUGGCUGUUAUUUCAUAAGUUGCAUCCCACUGCGGCGCAUUCUUCUCUAAGUUAUUUUUGGACAUUUUCAGCGAGGUGCACGGAUCGACGGCUGGAAUACCACAGGGGACUGACUGCAGAGAACAUUUCCUCAGUCCAUGGAUUGUGCGCCCUGGGACCUUGUCAAACCUGAGAGCGUCAGGCGACGUUAAGAGAAGCCACGUUUAUAAAAGCCGUGCGUAAAAAUAACAUUGGCCAAGGCAGCCCUCAUUGCCGGGCGCGUGACAUUUAAAACUUGGUCAAGUACUCUUUUGUGCGCCCUUCUCUCUCGGGACGCUCCGGAUCUAUUCUGUCUCUUUAGAAAACACUUCAUUCCAUGCAGCUCUCGCCUCGGCCGCUGUCAUCCAGUGUAGACAGUUCGUCGUGGCUUCGAGUCCCCGGGGUAACCAUGACAACCGAAAGAAACCCAAAGUGAAUCCAAGGGAGCGGGGUGAGGCCGGAGAGAGCGUGAAUAGAGUUUUCCCCAUUCUGUUUUGUGCUUUUUUUGUGUUUAGACUAAACACUUUUUUUGCAAAGCAGGGGCACCGCGCCGCGCUGCAGAGUUGCAUCAGCGGGCAAAUUGCAAAGUUGAAGGAGCCCUAAAAAGCAAAGCGCUCCAUGUCAUUCAAACCCGACGUGGUCUAUUAAAAGUAUCGCCUUGCUGGUGACUGAACUUCUACUAUUUAUGAAGCCCCGGGCAAGUCAUUGCAGAGAACACAGUGACCGGGAAGAGAAUUGAAUAUUAUUUACGCGAGAAGAACCGGUGCGUAAAACCAAGAGGAAUAAUGGGCCUCUCACAAACGCUACUCGUUUACGUGCUGGUGUGCGUUCACCUUGGAGUUUCACAGCAUUACCUUCGCCUCCGUCCAUCGCCCAGUGAUCACCUCCCCGUGCCCGACCUCAAGGAGGACCCCGACCCGGAGUACGACCCCCGGGAGCAGGACUUGGCCGAGAGGACUCUGAGGAAAAAGCUCGGCAGUAACUUUGACCCCAACUUCAUGUCCAUCACCUCGCCCAUGCUGGUGAACCUCUCCGCGCCAGACAACCAGGUGAAGCUGCAGGGGCCCAUGCCUAACGAGAUUAAAAAGCUGGACCUCACAGAGACCCCCUAUGGAAAGCGGGUAAAAGUGGGCAAGAAAGCCCGCAGGAAAUUUCUGCAGUGGCUGUGGACCUACACGCACUGCCCUGUGGUACACACCUGGAAGGAUUUGGGCGUGAGGUUCUGGCCACGUUACAUCAAGGAGGGAAACUGUUUCUCUGAGCGCUCGUGCUCCUUCCCUGAGGGGAUGUCUUGCAAACCCGUCAAGUCAAUCAACAAGAUUUUCCUCCGGUGGUAUUGUCAAGGUUUUCUAAGACAGAAAUACUGUACGUGGAUACAGGUGCAAUACCCAAUCAUCUCAGAGUGCAAGUGUUCGUGCUGAUUUUCUCUAAAGGAAGUGGAGUGGUGGUCGAGGGGGGAGUGGACUGGAAAUACGGUUUCUAUUGCACUGUUAACUCUCUACAGAGGUGGGCACCAUAGCAAAUCUAUUUUUUUAUAUAGCAUUUUAAGUGAAAUACCAACAUUGUACAUAUUUAAGAAAAAUGCAGCUAUUUUUUCUAAUUGAACCAGGACCAUAUUUUAUUCUCAGCCCUGAAACGUUGUUUUUGGGGAAAACACGAGCACUUCAUAAAGAAGAGCUUCUUUUUUUUUUUUUUUUUUUUUUUUUUGAUAUUUUUUAUGAGACAUUGAGGAUGCAAUGCAUAUGCUACACUUCUCCAAGAGGUGACCUUUUUUUUUCUCUUCAACUGAACAUUGAUGCUGACUGUUAUUUCACUGCAAUGCUGCCUAGAGUUUUUGUAUAAUAUUAAUAUCAAUAAUAAUUAAAUUGUAAAAAAAAAAGAAGAAAAGUUGAGGUUAAAGAUAUAUAUAAAGGCGUGAACUCAGCUUUUUUUUGGAAUACAUAGUAUUGUAGAAAUAAACAAAAUCUGUACGUUUUAUUUAUUAUUUUAACGAUUGUGAGUAUAGAGCAUAAGGAAAGAGAAUAGCAGAGUAUACCAGAAAAAAAUAUGG